UGUUUGGGUGCUCGUAUUCCUACUAUUUCUUGGUGCGGGAGAAAAUACUAGCAAUAUUCACUACAGUGCUUCUCCCAGUUAUUGGUUUAUUUAGGUCUGCAUAGAGUGUGUCAAUAGAAUGUGGAUAUUCUAGUUGGAGUUCGUUUAAACCUCAGGCGUUGACCCGGUGUCCCGGUGGCGUGUCCUCGCUGACCGCCAGACUGCCGUCACUACAGUGGUCCUGGCCAGAGUGCCUCACCAUGCCCGCUGCCAGGGGCCGCAAGGGCUGGUGUGGCUGCCUCCAGGAUGACGAGCCCCCGGAGAUCACGUACUGUGUUGUGGACCACACGGGCACGCUGUCCCUUCAAACCCUCACACCCACACAGCCCAUGCCCAAUGAGGACGAGCUUAACGCCAAGUUUGCCGAACUGGUUGAAGAGCUGGACCUGACGGCGCCCAACAAAGCUGCAAUGCUGAGUCUACCUCCGGAGAAGAAAUGGCAAAUAUACUGCAGCCAGAAAAAGGACCAAGACGGAACUACAGAUCUUUCUCAGUUACCAGAAGAAUAUAUAGAAAGAGUGCAAGCUUUGGCUAAGGUUGUGGGAUCCGAGGACAGCGCGGAUGAGCAGGAGAUGAUCACCCGCACACGUACCAUGGACUCUCUGAAGACAGCUCUGCGCACACAGCCACACAGCUUCGUACUCAGGUUCAUGGAGUGUGACGGUCUGCUGGCGCUGCUGGCUUGUCUGGAGGCUAUGGACUAUCACACGGCUCAGUCGUCUGUUCACACGUCGCUCAUUGGAUGUGUCAAAGCACUCAUGAACAACUCAACGGGGCGAGCGCAUGUGUUGGCUCACCCCACAGCCAUCGACACCAUCGCCCAGAGUCUGUCCACAGAGAACAUCAAGACCAAGGUAGCAGUGAUGGAGAUACUGGGAGCCGUGUGUUUGGUGCCGGGCGGUCACAAGAAAGUCCUGGAUGCCAUGACACACUACCAGAAGUUCACAUUUGAGAGAGCUAGGUUCCAGGGUAUCAUCAAUGACCUGGACCGCAGCACUGGGGCGUACAGGGACGAUGUGUGUCUGAAGACUGCCAUCAUGAGCUUCAUCAACGCAGUUCUCAACUACGGCCCCGGUCAGGAGAACCUGGAGUUCAGGCUGCAUCUGAGAUACGAACUGCUCAUGUUGGGAAUACAACACGUUAUAGAAAAACUGAGGAGGCACGACAACGAAACCCUCAAUAGGCAUCUGGAUUUCUUUGAGAUGGUGCGCAAUGAAGAUGAGAAAGAGUUAGCAAGGAAGUUUGAAAAGGAGCAAGUGGACAACAAAUCAGCGUCUGGGAUGUUUGAGGUGUUAAGACGAAAGUUGAGUCACACUGCUGCCUACCCUCACUUCCUGUCACUACUGCACCACUGCAUACUGCUACCUUUGGACUACGGAAGCCACCCCCAACACUGGUUGAUGUUUGACAGGAUUGUUCAACAGCUGAUCUUGCAGACAGAAGGAGGGACAGACUUGGAUGCAGCUCCUCUAGCCAUCAAUGUAAAGGAGAUUGUUCAACUACUAGCCAAAGAAGAAGAACUAGUUGCUGCUAGGAAAAAGGCUGAUGAAUUGGAGAAGGAGAACACAGACAUGGCUACGAAACUGGCAAAAAAAGAACAAGAAUUGGAUAUGAGGACACAAGAAAAGGAAGAUGUUGAAGCAAGUCUAACACGAGUGAAGGAACGUUUGGAGAAAGAAACAGCAGCAAAUCUGGAGGCAAAGCAGAAGAUCUCACAACUGGAAGACCGUACAAGCGAGUUGGAACAUGAAAGGCUCAGACUAGAGAGGCUUGUAACCUGUGGUAGUCUAUCAGAUGACACCAAGGCCGUCAGCUUGGGUAAACUCAAUGGCUCACUGGAGAAUGGCCACGACUCCAAUCACAUAUCCGAGGUUAAAGUCCCUCCUCCACCUCCCUGCCCAUCGUUACCUCCACCUCCUCCCCCUGUACCUGGUCCACCACCACCUCCCUCAGCACCUGCUCCACCUAUGGCACUGGCACCUCCCCUGCCUCGACCCACUGUCACCAAGAACGUCCCGCAACCUUCCAACCCCCUCAAGUCCUUCAACUGGUCGAAGCUGCCUGACACCAAGGUAAAUGGCACAGUGUGGACAGAACUGGAUGACACCAAGCUCUACACUGCCAUGGAGCUGGAGAACAUUGACAAACUGUUCUGUGCCUACCAGAAGAACGGGGUCGCUAAUGAUGGUUCAAUAGAAGACCUACGUCAACUUGGAAAGGGAAAGACAAAGAUUCUGUCAGUGAUAGAUGGAAGGAGGGCUCAGAAUUGCACAAUCCUGCUGUCCAAGCUGAAAAUGUCAGAUGAAGAGAUCUCAAAGGUGAUAAUGUCUAUGGACUCGCGGGACCAGUUGCCGCUGGACAUGGUAGAGCAGCUUCUCAAGUUCACUCCCAGUUCGGAGGAGGCAGCCCUUCUAGAGGAGCACAGCGAAGAGAUCGACAACCUCGCCAGAGCCGACCGCUUCCUGUACGAGAUCUCCAAGAUCCCUCAUUAUGAACAGCGGCUGCGCAGUCUACACUACAAAAAGCGCUUUGGCGUCUGGGUCAAUGAAAUAGAGCCAAGAGUCAGAGCUGUGAUGGAGGCUUCUCGAGAGGUGUCGAGAUCACGUAGACUGAGAAGAUUGUUGGAGGUGGUGCUAGCUCUUGGCAACUACAUGAACAGGGGAGCGAGAGGGAAUGCUACAGGGUUCCGACUAGCUUCUCUCAACCGUCUGGCAGACACCAAGAGCAGUGCUUGUAAAGGCACAACACUACUGCACUACCUAGUGGAGAUCCUGGAGAAGAAGUUCAAGGAUGUUCUAAGACUAGAGGAGGAUCUGCCUCAUGUGAGAGAGGCAGCUAAAGUCAGUCUUGGAGAGCUAGAGAAGGAUAUGGCUCAACUAAGGUCCAACCUGAAGGAAGUGGAGAGAGAACUGGAGUUCCAUCGGCUGCAACCGGUCGUACCGGGUGACCGCUUCCUUCCGGUCAUGAGAGAGUUCCUUACCUCAGCUACCUGCCGGUUCUCCUGCCUAGAGGAUCUCUUCCAGGACAUGAAGACUAGGUUUGAUCGAGCUGUAAGACUUUUCGGGGAAGACAACUCAACUAUUCAGCCUGAUGAGUUUUUCGGCAUCUUUGACACCUUUCUGGUGGCAUUCAACGAAGCUAAACAGGACAACGAAAAUAUGAAGAGAAAACGAGAAGAGGAGGAGAAGAGAGCAAAACAAGAUGCUGAGCUCAAGAAAAGAACAAUGGAGCGCAAGAACAGCCGGACGGUAGAAAACAACAUCAGGUCCGUCUCCAAUGGAACUCCAGGCGGAGGUCCAGGUGUUGGAGAGAAUGGAGCAAAGGGAGAGUUUGACGACCUAAUUUCAGCUCUACGGACGGGUGAUGUCUUUGGAGAGGACAUGGCGAAGAUGAAACGCAGCAGGAAAUCAAGACUGAAUGGAAAUUCUCCGCCACGCAAAAACAGCCUCAACCGAGAGGACAGCCGAGAACGAGUCCUCAACGGAACGAGGCGCCAGUAACAGACUAACACAAACUGCUCCAAGACUGCCAAUGUUUUAUAGACUUGAACAAUUUUGUAUCAAAUGCACUGACCAUGUCUCCCUUUAGAAAGACUUUUUUACGUCAUGAUUCCUUUACAUUCAAAUGACUCUUGGACAUUUUUCAUUUUACUUAAAUUGAACUGUAACAAAUUUAAUGUUAACCUCAGGAUGUUUUUGGGAACUUGUACUGCUUACCCCUAUACAGUAAGCUUUUGAAACUGAAAUUUUAAUAAUAGGCCUAGAAAGAAGUAGGUGAAAAAAGUAGUAGUAAAGAAAAGUCAGAAGAAAAAGUAAAAGAAGUAGUAGAAAGAAAAAGGUGUUUUGUGAUAUUAUUGAAAAUUAGGCAUAAAUUUAAAGUAUUAUUAAGAAUUAAAAACUUUCUACAAAUUAAUGUGAUAUAAGAAGUUUGACUUGUAAGCAAAUUAAAUGCUUGGUAUCAAUUUUGGACGUAAACUACCUUUUGUUGUUUCAAUUUCUAAAUUAUUCAGUUCACUUUUUGCUGCUUUUUCAUUGUGAAUGAGUAUUUUUUUGUGUCAAAUGAAAUAAUAAUUGUGCUACGAUUAUUUCAUUAAUCAACAAGAUUCAACUCAGAGCAUACUAAUUGUUGGAUAUAACUAACUAUAGAUCUGUUUCUGAAAUAUUAUUAAACUCAGUAAUCAAGGUUGAAAUUGAACAGCCCUAUUUUUGAUUUGAAAUCUCAAAAAAAUUAUGAGGAUGUAAAAAUAAUUUCUUCCAUGUUUAUCUUGAUGUUGUGUCUCUUGGAUACAGAAAAGGUUUAUUGUCUUUUGGCAUAAAAUAUCCUGACUUUCUAGCGUGUAAUUUAUGUAACUGAAAAAUCUGUAAUGAAAUUAGUAAGAUUUUAGUAAAGGCUAAUUUGUAAAAUAUAUAUAUAUAUUUUUCAACCCAUAACAAUUAAGAUACUAACACGUUUUUUCUCAGAUUAAAUGCGGCCAUACAUUUAUUUAUUCACAUUAUUUUUCUAAAGAUGUAUAUUAAUUGUUUACAAUAUCUUGGAAAAUAUAUUAUUUGUAAAUAGCUUAGUUGUUUAUAUUAAUAGUGUAUAAAUUUAUAUUUUAUAGUUUGUUUGCUAGUCACCUUAUAGAGAAAUUAGGUUUAUUUUCAGCCAGACUUUGAUAAAUUCUUGAAAAUGCUGGUUAUUUCAUAAUCAUUCUAAAAAAAUUAGUGUUUCAUAGAAUCAUUGCAAUAUUUUGAUUGUUGAUUCAAUCUUUUCCUCCCAUUUAAUUUUCCUAGAAGAAAAAUAUAUGUAUCUACGCCAAAACUAAACAGUUAUUGUUGUAUUGCUAGAAUUGUAUGUUAAACAUUCUUGUUUUGUAUUUUUGUACAUAUUUUGUUUGUAUUAGUCUAGAAAAUUUAAGUUUACAGCUAUAGCAACAAAUUUUCAAUGUAAAUGUUGAAUAAAUUUUGUGUUAUAUGAAGUUGAUUA